UAUUUAAAGUGGAGCAAUGGGAGGGUCUUGGUGUUGAUAGGCGGGUUGGCAGCGGGCCGCAUUUUUAGAGUCGUUUCCCUUUGCUCUUUCUGAAUUCGAUGUGGAUAGAAUAAUCCCCGAGCGGUAGAGCUUUGGGAAAAAGUGUAUUCCGGGAGUUUGUCCGUCUCUACAGAAGCAGCCCGCGUUCUAAACGCACUUUGGACUCGGUCUCUGUGCACGGAGCUCUGUGGCUGUCCACACAUCGAAUAGGAUAGGAAAGAGGUUGAGUCAGAGAAGGCGAGUGAAAGCGAGAAAGAGAGAGAGAGGGGGGGGGGAAAUAAUCAGGAAGAACUCUCAGCGCACCUUUUAGUUCUCCGAUAUGCAGAUUUACUGAUAAAACAUCAGUUAUCUGUUCAUCUCAUACAGGUCGUGAAAAACUGCGAGUGCAUGGGAAUCUUUAACUCGUUUUUUCUUCACCGGGGUAUCUCGCCUUGAUUUCGUAUAAAACCCAGCACGAAUGUGAGCUGUAAUACCAGGCUACUGACGGCUCUAGCGGCUCCUUAUUGGCAUUUUCACGUUUAGGCUACUACAACUACUAUUGCUGACUUCUGCCUGUGGAUCUUACCGUUAUAUAUUGUGAAAGGUUUAGGAAGCAAAGGAAGCUCACCACUCCAGAAUCAUGGGACACUUUCAGCUCUCCCCCAUGCUCUCCCUUGGCCUUCGGCUUGUGGUUGUCGUAGCAAUCAUGUUUCUCAAAUUCCAACAUGUGACGGCUAUGUCCUCGGACGUGGACUUGGAUCAGUUUGUGUCUCCAACUGCCAGCGGCAACAUUACUGUGUGCACCACAGCAGGCACAGCAUGCGAAAAAGGGGUGAUUCUGCCUAUCUGGGAACCUCAGAAUCCCUCGUUCGGGGACAAAGUGGCACGGGCGACAGUCUAUUUUGUGGCCCUGGUGUACAUGUUCCUUGGAGUGUCCAUCAUCGCUGACCGUUUCAUGGCGUCCAUCGAGGUCAUCACCUCUCAGGAGAAAGAGAUCACCAUCAAGAGACCCAACGGAGAGACCACCACCACCACCGUGCGGAUCUGGAAUGAGACAGUGUCCAAUCUCACGCUCAUGGCCCUGGGUUCAAGUGCCCCUGAGAUCCUACUGUCCGUCAUUGAGGUUUGCGGCCACGGUUUUGAUGCAGGAACCUUGGGUCCAAGCACCAUCGUGGGCAGCGCCGCCUUCAACAUGUUUGUCAUCAUUGGCAUCUGUGUGUGGGUGGUGCCCGAUGGGGAGGUCCGUAAGGUCAAGCACCUGCGCGUCUUCUUCGUCACAGCCACCUGGAGCAUCUUCGCCUACAUCUGGCUCUACCUGAUCCUGGCUGUCAUCUCCCCCGGCAUAGUGCAGGUAUGGGAGGGCCUGCUCACCCUCUUCUUCUUCCCCAUCUGCGUGUUGUUCGCCUGGGUCGCUGACCGACGCCUCCUCUUCUACAAGUACGUCUACAAGCGCUACCGUACCGGCAAGCAGCGGGGCAUGAUAAUUGAAACCGAGGGUGACCGCCCGCUCCCGUCCAAAGUCGACAUUGAGAUGGACGGAAAGAUGCUCAACUCUCACGCGGUAGACUUCCUGGACGGGCCUCUGGGGCUGGACCUGAACGUGAAGGACCUGGAUGAGGAGGAGACCCGGCGCGACAUGGCCAAGAUCCUCAAGGAGCUGAAGCAGAAGCACCCAGAUAAGGAGAUGGAGCAGCUGAUUGAACUGGCCAACUACCAGGUGUUGAGUUCGCAGCAGAAGAGCAGGGCCUUCUACCGCUGCCAGGCCACCAGGCUCAUGACCGGCGCUGGGAACAUCCUGAAGAAGCAUGCGGCCGACCAGGCCCGCAAGGCCGUCAGCUUGCACGAGGUUCGCUCUGAUGUGGCAGAUAACGACCCCAUUUCCAAGAUAUACUUUGACCCCGGCUCCUACCAGUGCCUGGAGAACUGCGGCACAGUGGCAGUUAACGUGCUGCGGCGAGGCGGUGACCUGACCAAGACAGUGUCGGUGGAGUUCCGUACGGAGGAUGGAUCAGCCAACGCGGGCUCGGACUACGAGUUCACCGAGGGGGUGGUGGUGUUCAAGCCCGGCGAGACCCAGAAGGAGAUCCGUGUGGGCAUCAUUGAUGAUGACAUCUUUGAGGAGGAUGAGAACUUCCUGAUCCACCUGAGCAACGUCAAAGUGCUGCUGGCAGAGGGAGAGGAGGUAGAGAACCCAGAGACCAACCACGUGGAGGCGGUGGCCUGUCUUGGCCUGCCUGCCACGGCAACCGUGACCAUCUUUGACGACGACCACGCUGGCAUCUUCACGUUCGAGGAGCCGGUGGCACACGUGAGUGAGAGUGUGGGCACCAUGGAGGUGAAGGUGCUGCGUACGUCAGGGGCACGUGGGGUUGUCAUGGUGCCCUACAAGACUGUGGAGGGCACGGCACGUGGAGGAGGAGAGGAUUUCGAAGAUACCCACGGGGUCCUGGAGUUCCAGAACGAUGAAAUCUUGUAA